CGGCCGUGGAGGCCCCUCCCUGGCCGCGCGACCCCAGGACGGCCUGGAGUCCGGAUGACACAGGUCGGUCCUCUUCGCUCCUGCUCUUAGGGCCACCACCCCAGGGAGCAAGUGCCCCGGGCGCAGGUGCCGACCUCGGGCGCUCUCUGGGGUGGCCGGGGCACGGGUGCAAGUCCCAGCGCCCUGCAGGUGGCGGGGCCGGCCGUCCGGCUCCCUCGGCCUCGAUGAGUCAAAGUUUGCUGCAGCCGCGGGCCCGCUCACGAGCGUCAGAUUGUCCCUGACUCACUGACCAUUCUUGGCAUUCGUCUGCGUCCUGAACCAUGACUCGGAUCUCUCCAGGUGUCGUUUGCAAGCCACACACUUUAAUAGUUUCCGACCUCACCAAGUGCAAGGUCACAUGCCGAGGUGCCCGACUCAGGAUCCCCUCCCUCCGCCCUCUUUCCUGGAGCAUAUAUGCCGCCAAGGCAAGAGGGCACCUCACUCGCUCUACAGGGAGCAAGGCCACCUGGCCUGUAUACAGCGAAGUCUUCAUCCUCCGGCUCGCGCGCGGUCGGCUGCACCGAGGGACUUGUCACUUUAAGAGAGUUCGCGCUUCUUAAAGGGCUGAGGCCCGAGCCGCAGCCAACCCUCGCGAGAACUGCAGCCCCCGGCGGUUUCUCGCGAUGUCUGGCCCGGCCAAGGGUGGCCAUUUUGGAGUCCCCCGGGCGGCUGGUUGCCCCGGCGGCGUCUGCCCACCUGCUGCCGGGACCCGGGCUGGCCGCGCCGCUGCCCGGAGCUGCACCCACACGAUGUGGCGGCUCCGCUGCAAGGCCAAGGAUGGCACCCAUGUGUUGCAGGGCUUGUCCAGCCGGACCCGAGUGCGGGAGCUCCAGGGCCAGAUUGCCGCCAUCACCGGGAUCGCGCCGGGCUGUCAGCGGAUCCUCGUGGGGUACCCGCCCGAGGGCCUGGAUCUCAGCGACGAGGACACCGUUCUAGGGGAUCUGCCCAUCCAGUCCGGCGACAUGCUGAUCGUGGAAGAAGACCAAACCAGGCCCAAAAAGUCGCCUACAUUCACAAAACAUGGUGCUCCCAGUUACGUCAGGGAACCUUUGCCCGUGCUUAGCAGAACUGUGGUCCCAGCAGACAACUCUUGCCUCUUUACCAGUGUGUACUAUGUCGUGGAAGGAGGAGUGUUGAAUCCUGCUUGCGCCCCUGAGAUGAGACGCCUCAUAGCACAAAUCGUAGCAAGCGAUCCAGACUUCUAUAGCGAGGCAAUACUGGGAAAGACGAAUCAAGAGUACUGUGACUGGAUCAAAAGGGAUGACACCUGGGGAGGAGCUAUUGAGAUAUCAAUUCUGUCUAAGUUUUAUCAAUGUGAAAUCUGUGUAGUGGAUACACAGACAGUAAGAAUUGACCGUUUUGGGGAAGAUGCAGGAUACACCAAAAGGGUCCUGCUUAUUUAUGAUGGCAUUCACUAUGAUCCGCUUCAGCGGAACUUCCCUGACCCAGACACCCCGCCUCUGACCAUUUUCUCCUCUAAUGAUGAUAUUGUUCUUGUACAAGCACUGGAAUUAGCAGAUGAAGCCAGAAGAAAGAGACAGUUUACUGAUGUAAACCGCUUCACCCUGAGGUGCAUGGUAUGUCAGAAGGGAUUAACUGGACAAGCAGAAGCAAGGGACCAUGCCAAGGAGACAGGCCAUACCAACUUUGGAGAAGUGUGAUCUAUGCAUGAUGAGGAUUGCCGCCUACUACCUCACAGAUCCAGAAGGCUCUGGGUUUUCCAAUAAGCUAUUUGUAACCCUUAAAGAACAAAGGACACAAUGCUUGAACCAUCUUUUUAACUUAAAACCACUAAGACACUGAAAUUCCUUGUUAAGAUUAAAAUUAGUGUGCAAGUUUACAGGUGUGUGUCUACAGUGGUGAUACAUCCAUGCCCUUUCUCUGCUGGGGUGACAGAAGCGGUGGUCCUUGCUACCUACCGACAGUAACCUGAGGAGUUGAAUCUUAGUACCGUAAACUGGCACCCAGCAGCAUUAACCUGUUAGAAGAAAACAACUUCGUAUUUUGAGUAAUGCGGAAGGCCUCACAUGAGGCCACUGGACAUAAACCACAGUGUCUCCGUAAUUGAAUCCUUUUAAAAACUCUGCCUGAGUUAAUAUUGUUUCUAAAUUAUGAAUUGAUUCCUCAAAUGAAGACACUCAGAAUUGUCAAAAUCAAUUUUAUAUUGCAAUUUGGUAGACUUUAUAAAUGUGUACUUAACCAGUUAUAAGUACAUUGCAAGCAAUUUUUACAGGGAUGAGUGCGUUCCUUAAGAAUAUUACCUAAGGAACUGAUAGUGCCCAAUUUAAGAUUUCUAGUGUAUAAAAGCAGAAUGUAUGAGGGAAAAGGUGCCUGAGCAGCUUACUAAAGCUUUAAAAGACCGUCGGCCUCGUGUUUUAACACAACUCAUUUAUUGAUGUUUGUCACGUUGGAUAAAAAUUUUAAAUUAAGCAGGGUAUUUAUUUUUUAAUUGAAGUUUCUUGAAAUUUGAGUGCUUGGUUUUUGCUUUUUUACAUAAAGAGUUGUCUGGAGGGAUUAACUUUUCUCAGCUUUUUCUCCAACUCCUAAAAAACAAGUCUUCAUCUAAAGUGAUAAUGCUGUGCUCUGACUUGGUUUUUGUGAGAUCUUUGGCUUACCUAAACAGUAUCCUUUUUUCAUGCCAGCCUUAUCUGGCCACUGAUGUGCUUUUGAGUAAUUUAAUGUUUCUGCAAAUUAGCACUUUGCUCAUCUACAAUCUUUGACUUUCGGAGAGUUUUAAAGUAGUUGGGAUAAUAAUGUUGAAUGAAUUUAUUUCACUUCCAAAAUAACGACAGUUUUUAAAUCCUUGCCUUAUUUAACAGCUCUUUUGGAAUUCUGCUUCUUCCUAAUAAUAGACGUGUAGUCAUUUGCUUGGUGGGCUAACCUGCAAGACACAUCCUCUAAAAUUAGCUCCACCAUGAGAUCUUCCAGAUAAAAGUUUUCUACCUCUUUUCGUAAUUCUUCUGAAGAUCAGGGAUGCUAAAUUAUAAUUUGUUAUGUAUUAUCUCACAGAAUGUGAAGAGGCUUAGUGUUGUGAAGUUUUGUUAUCUCGGUCUCAUUUUUUGAUGAAGUAUCUCACUUACAAAACCGAUGGUAUACUUUAAAGCACUUCUGGCUCUUUCAGCAUAUCUUCUUGGCAAAUGUUUUAAAAUUGAGAUUUACUUUUAGCACUUUCACGUGGUGGAGGUGGCCAUAUAAAAUUAAGGAGCAUGUGAACAAUUCAGUGAACAAGUUCCUUUAAGGAAGAAUUCCCAAAGUAUGCUUGAAAUCAUUAGGUGACAUUUCUUGAGUACCUAUUUUGUGAAUAGCUGCUUGAGAUAUAAGUUACCGAUCGUUGUAACUUAAAAGUGUUUUUCUAUUUUACUGAGCCUUAAAAAUAGCACUUGUGAACUUGCGAUAACGUUUGGCAAUCAUAAUAUGUACAAAUGAGUGUGUUUGAAAAUCUCUUUGUACCUGGCUGUCUUCUUGGUCUAAAGAUUUUUCUAUCCCUUAUUCUACCCCACCCCACCCCUCCCCCGAAAAUAAUUACACUUAAAACUAGAAGUUAAGAGUAUACCACGGGGUAACAUACAUCAAAUUGAGCUUUACACAUCAUUAUUCAUAAAGCUUGCCUUUCUGUCUUUAGGUACUUCAGGAGCCAAACUUGACAUUUGUUUACUGGAAUUUAGAGAAGUUUGUUCAUGCAACAAAUAUUUAUUGGGUAAUUUAUAAUGUACCAGGCAUGUAUUGAUCUGUUUUCCAACAUAAAUUUCUGUCACUUUAAAAUUGAGUAUAUUUUAUCUACAUUGGAUUAAUUUAACAAAUAGAAAUAGAACAUGGUAUUUUAUAAAAGUAAACAUUUACAUUUUAAGUGUUUUUGUUUGCGUAUUUAAGCUUCUCCUUUUAUAGCAAGUGUCAGAUAUUCCGGGGAUCAUACUCAAUUUUACCUGUUAUCUAGGAUGUCCGUUCACCAACUGGACACUGAUAGUCAAAUGGCUCUCAGUAAUGAGUUCUAAAUUAAUCAGUUGCUGAAAUUCAGCACUAGGACUUGAAUGUUCUGAUCAUGGAAAAUCCAAGAUGAUGCAUUAUUUGCAGGCAAUGUGAUUUAGUUCCUGCGGAUUAAAAAACCUAAACUUGUGCUCUUUCUAAAACUCAAGCUUAUAAACCUCACAGAAUCUAAAGAUUUUUUUUAAUUGCACUUAUGAAACUCUUGAAAUUAGUUUAUUAAUGUGUGUAAAUUCUAAUCUUCAGAAUUUUGAAAGCCUAUGGAUUUAGUACUUGCAGCAGGAUCCAAAACUUUUUCUUAAAUUUGCACUUGAGCAGAAUGAAACCUUUCUCCCUAUUUAUUCCGUUUUUGAGUGCCAUACCAGAAUAUUUUUUUAAUUCAAAUAAGGAUAGUUUACAUUAGUGGCUGAGUGAAGGAAAAUUACACUUUCCUGUCCCCCACUCCUCUUUUAUUUUUUCUUUCCCUUAACUCUUCUUUGGAUUUAGAGAUUUGGUAUAUGGCAGUGAAGAUGCACUUCUAGGUAGAAUGUUUUCAGAGGUUAAAAUUAAUAUCCCUGGGAAUUUUGUGAUGUGAUAGCCAUAUAAGGCCAUCAGUGUGGUACAUUCUUAGUUAAUCAUUCCUAGUUGAUUUCUUGAUUAUUUCGCAUUAAUGAAAAUUAGCAUAGUCAAGGGGUACCCUUGAAAGUUUGGCUGCUGGUCAGCUUGACCCUAUUGGCAAAAACUAAUAUAAUCAUGCCAGUUGAUUAUUCCAUAAAGUUCAAGCCCCAGCAGAGUCAUAGUCAGGAACGCAUUAAUGUGUUAUCUCACUAUAAAUGCCCCUAAGUGCCCACGCCUAACUUGCUUAUCUAGCAUAUUCUUCUUAUCCUGUGUAGGCAUUAAAACAUAUGUUGCAAGUUGCCCUAGCUAAACAUAGUUUUUUCUAUGUCUUUUUUGAAAAAGUUAGAAUGAGGAGUAUGUAAAAUUAGCAGAAUAAUUGUUUUCUUUAUGGAUCAGGUGGCCUUCCAAAAACUUUCAUAUAUUAAGAUUUAUGUUCUUUCAUGUGUUGAGACACACAUUUGUUAUUAUUUGCAGCACUUUAAAAAAAUAUGAAGUAAAAGUUUACAUGUUAGCCCUCUCUAGGGAUCUUGUUAAAGGCAUUAAAAAAUAAUUCUUGACCUGCUAACAAUCAGCUCUUCUUAAUCAAUAAUUGCCAUCAGUGUAUAGCGUAUCCAGUGGUACAACAUUCUGGUGUUUUGAUUACAGUGGAACUUGAUUUCAGUAACUUAGGAGCAUGCUCUGUGCCCUAGCAUUCAAAAAUUAUCUGUUUCUGUAAUGUGAUUGUUCUUUAUCAUUCAUUGUGCAGUGCAGUAUUCAAAUUUGUUCUUGUAGCACAAGGUUGGCUAUACCAACUUGGAAAAGACUAAAUUCUUAAAACUCUUCAUUUAUUUCUAAGCAAACUUAUUUUAAGGGAGCUGAUUUUUUAGCCUUAAAAGUAUCAUUUUUAAGUCUAAAGUGCAACACUUGAUUUUGAAUAAGCUAGUUCAUUAGCUAACAAUGUUCUCUUACUAAGAGUUAUAAUAUUUCAACACAUCUAAUUCAACUUAGACAAAAAAACUUGCCUGAUUUGGGGAAAGGGUUUUAUUAUUUUUUUUUUUUUCUUUUCUGAAAAUCAGCUGACAUUUUGUUUACAGUGCUUUGAAUAUUUGGCUUUGAAGAAAUUGUUACAUUGAUACUGAGUUGUGGGGUGCUGAUUUAGGUCUUGGUCCAUAUGAAUUUAAAGGAGAUUACUCUUUUAAAAAGUUUAAAGAGGAAAGGGGAUAAACAGAAAGAUCUUCAAAUGGAUACAUCUCUCCAGAAGAGAUCCUCAAAUGGAUACAUUCCCUAGUCAUGAAUAAUAGUUUUCAAAAAAUUUUUCAAGCAAUGCCUUUGUGUCCUCCUAACCCUCCUCACCCUUUUCUUGGCAUAGAAUGUAGCAGGGCCAUAACUGAGAAGCUUGUCAUUAAUGUAUAAACCACAAAUAGAAGCAUUUUGCUAUGAUGCCUUUUUAUACUUGUCUUUUAAAAAUACCCACAUCAAGGCGCUUAUGGAUGUGAAAAUAGGAUUUGGCUAAGUUGUAGGUAACAGGUUAACCUAAGAAAGUUUUAGAAUUUCUACGAAGAUUACAUGAGCCUGAUUUUAGAGCUGGUAUAGGAUAUGCAGUAAGUUGUAGUCCAUGAAUUACUUAAAAGGACCAGGGCACCUAAUUCUUGUCAGGUUUCCAGUCCACCUUGGUGCCAUUCAUGACUCAAGCUGUUUACAGGAAAUAUAAUUUCCAUAGCAAAGAGUAGUUUUUCCCUUUAAAGUAUUGAAUUCAGCUUAAAGUGCAAAAUAAAUAUGUGUAAGUUUGUCAAAAGGAAUAGAGAAUGACAAUAGUCCUCUAUUUCCUGUACUGAUGUAGUAGAGGUGGAGAUUCCUGAAGCAAGAAGGAAACCCCAGAUUGUCAAAUUUAGAGCUUAGAAUAUGACUUGUAAAAGUAGUUGGGAAGGGCAGAACAGAAGGAAGUUCUGUUUCUUGGCAUAUUUUUCUUUAUUAAGAUAGUGUUUUCUUGUUUUAAAAAUGUUCUUUUGUCUACUUGCCAGCAUUUUUUUUUUCAAAGUUAAUGCACUGCUGCUACCUGGGAGAUGUCUUACUUCAUUUUGUACAACUCUUAUGUGAUUUUGCCAUUGUCAUUAAGAUGAAUUGAUUUUAUUUAUGAGGUCUGUGAUUUUAAAUACCAAAUGCUGUAUGAAGUGACUUGUUUUGAAGGAAUAAAUGAAGUGAAAAUAC